UUUUAAGCAAGUUCUGGAUGUUUGUUGCCCUCACACCAGAAAUCUGCUCUUGUGCUGAGGCAGUUUUCUUCUUUGUCUCGGCUUACAUCUCGAUGUGCUUGAUUCAGCAAACUAGUCUGGAGUUAACUCUGAAAAAACCAUGACCGCAAACGGCCCUGAACAUCACUGCAAUGGCUCAACUCACAACUUGGUGGCAUCGGUCCUUCCUCCGGUGCUAAUCAUAGAGAUGUUACUCGGUCUGCCUGGGAACAUCAUGGCAUUAUAUGUUUUCUGCAAAAAUAUGCAAUCCUGGAGGACCAACGUUACAUUUCUCUUCAACCUAAUUCUGUCCGACUUCUUGCUCCUCCUGAGUCUACCUUUCCGCGUCGACAACUUCGUACGCGGCGAGACAUGGAUAUUCGGAGAAGCCUGGUGUCGGAUCAACCUAUUUAUGCUGGCUGUGAACCGUUCAGCCAGCAUUGCGUUCAUGACUGCCGUGGCUUUUGACCGCUACUUUAAAGUGGUGCAUCCGCAUCACAAAAUCAAUCACAUAUCCUCAAAACAAGCAGCCGGGGUUGCCUGCCUCAUCUGGGCCACUGUGAUAGCCCUGAGGAUCCCUUUGCUGACCAACCACCUUCUAAACACAAACAACAACAACUCCCAUUGCAGAAGUUUCAGUAAUUAUAAGAAUCCAUCACUAGGUAUUCGCCUGCAUUAUGGUGUGUUUAUCUUAGAGUUUUUUGUGCCUCUAAUACUGCUGAUCUUUUGCUCUGUGCGCAUUGCAUGCAUCCUGCGUUCUCGCCAGAUGGACAAAGACAAGCGGGGACAAAGGGCUAUUCGCACAGUUCUGGUUAUCGUUGGGGUUUUUGUCUUUUGUUUUUUCCCCAGCAUUGGCACAGGGCUGACUGCCCUCUUUUUAAAGCCACUUGGAAAGAAGUAUUGCAACGCUUACAAUAUAACCUCUCAGUUGUUUGCUAUGUCUAUAGCAUUCACAUAUCUGAACAGCGCUCUUGAUCCAGUCAUCUACUGCUUCUCCAGUUCCUUAUUUCGCAAUUAUUUGAAGUCAACUCUUAACCGGACUGGCGUGAUACAGCUACAGCUCAGCAGACGGGGCAGCACAUACAGCGGCAGUGACUGAGAACUGGGCUUGGACUACACAGGAUGAUGUGGAUGGGGAUUGAUCAGGCAUUGGACUGCAUGUAUCACAGUUUAAAAUAUAAUUAUAAAUGAGUCAUUUUAAAGGACGACUCGCAAUGUCUCACUACCUAUUAAAGCACUGCCAUGUUUGUUUGGACAUCUUGACUUUUUCUGUACAACAUGGCAGCAUUGGGUCCACACUGGAUGGAUGGAUGGAUGGGUGGAUGGAGGGAUUCGAUAGAUUUGAUGGAUGGAUGAAUUAGAUGGAUGGAUACCAUAGAUAUAUAGAUGGGUUCACACAUCCCUACACUUUUAUGAUAAAAUAUGAUAAAUAAUACAUAAAAAGUAUGUAAAAUAAUAUUAUUAUAAAUACAAAAUGAUAAAUUAAAUGAAUAAAUAAAAUGAAACAAUAUAACAAUUUUCAGGUUUGCAAAUAGACUGAAAUGUGUAGUCCUAAAAGAAAGAAAAUAGACCAAAACAACUAUUUCCCGCCAUUACUGGAAUUUGCUGUCAUUUAUGAGACAACACUUAACUAUCAUAUUUCCAGCAAUGUUUUCACGUUUGGGGGCGUUGUUACACAAGCACUGUUUAAUACAGCGUCUAUAGAUCCGUAUACGAAUCGCAUCUUGGCAUUGUCUUACCUUUCUGUUCAAAAUGUUCAAAAUGUUGUAUUACUUAACAAACUUUCCCGUUUGAAGCAUUUUUAUUCCAUCCAUCCAUUUUUCAAAUCUUUUUGUCCUCUGAGGGUCAUAGCGGACUGGAGCCUGUCCCAGCAGGCAUCACCAAAUGGAAUUGGAAAACAAUUCAUGCAGGAUUGUUGUUGACUUCCCCUUGCCUGCCAUCUCAAAUGGUCGAGCAUUGCAUUACAAGCUUGAAAGGUUGUAGGUUUGAUACCCAGGAAUACACAUGCAGUGCAAAUCAAAUUUGAACACACUGUAAGUCAGGUUUGAUCAAAGCGCCUGGCAAAAUGCAUAAAUAAAACUGUAUUGUUAUGCAAAUGAAUUUAUUAUGAAUCAUUAUAAAAAAGUUAAAGUAACAAAAUGACUGUGAAUUUCAAACUAGGCCUAUUUAUUUGGAAUGCUUCACUAUGUGAGCUGCCGUAAUGUCACACAGACGCUUUAAUCUCAGAAAUAGCGCAGAAUUGUAAAUAUUUCUUCAUGUUUGCAUGAUGUUUUCAGCAUCAUAACAUCUCUUUGUUUGGCAUUUGUGAUAAUCCUUAAACUUUCUAUCAAUUCUGAUUAAUUCUUAUUCUGGUUGUACAGGAAGAUAUUUGGAAGAAUGUCAGUAACCAAACAGAUCUCCUCCCCCAUUGACUCCCAUAGUAUUUAUUUUCUAUGGCAGUAAAUGGAGUAUGAUAUCUGCUUGGUUACUGACAUUCUUUAUUUUCAGCAGAACAAAGAAAUUUAUACAUGUUUGGAACAACCAGAGGUUGAGUAAAUGAUGACAUGUUGAACUGUGCCUUUAAGAGACUAUCCCAAUAUCAAUGUAAAUUAUUAUAAUUUUACUAUGUCUGACUAAAGUAUUAGUGAAAUAAAAAUACACAUUGUUUACUAAUGUUGGUUACUUAUCUAUACAGAA